AUGCAGUUGUCAACUGAUGAGAUUUUGGAAUUAUACCAAUUCUGUCAACAACUUGGGCGCUCUGCUGGAGCCAUUAUACUUCGGGGAUCCAAGGCUAUUCUCGAGCAAAAGGGGAAAUUGGAUCAUGGGGUCAACGAAAAGAAAAACGCGGUUGAUCUAGUAACUGAGUGGGAUGUUCGAGUAGAAGAGUACGUCAAAGAAAAGAUCCGAGAGAGUUAUCCAGGCUUCUCUUUCAUUGGCGAGGAGUCUUACUCCGCCGGCGAACAAAACCCAGUGACUGACACACCAACAUUCUGUGUUGAUCCCAUAGAUGGGACUACAAACUUCGUUCAUGGUUUUCCAUAUGCCUGCAUUUCUAUCGGCGUAAUCUAUCAAAAAUCACCAAUUAUUGGUGUUGUCUACAAUCCUUUCUUAGACCAGUUGUACCAUGGUUUGAAGGGCCAUGGCUCUUACCUGGUAUCUCCACUUCACCCUACUCCGCUCCGAUUACCCAUCUCAACUCCGGGCCCGCUCCGCAGCCUCUCCGAGGCCCAAGUUGCAGUAGAAUGGGGUUCCGAUCGCUCCAAACAGAUUAUAGAAGCAAAAUCUCGCUCCUACGCUCGGCUUGCUGGAGAUGGUAGUAACAAGGGUAAUGUUGAGGGUGGGCGGAUGGUUCAUUCGCUCCGUAGUCUCGGUAGUGCCGCGCUUAAUUUCGCAAAUGUCGCUAGUGGAGGCCUAGAUAUUUACUGGGAAAUCGGUUGUUGGCCUUGGGAUAUUUGCGCUGGGGUUGUCAUAGCACAGGAGGCUGGAAGCCUAGUCGCAGGGUCCUCCGGGGCGCUGCUCACAGGUGCAGUUGACGAGAAUACUCUGACGGGUAGAAAAUACAUCGUGAUACGGGGGAUCGGUGACACCCCAGAAGAAAGCGGACUGGAUGCUCAGAAACGCCUCAUCAAGGAGUUUUACGAUACCGUUGAAGAUUGGGCUCCCAAUUAA